UCCUUAAGAGUAAGAAGGGCGUGCUGAUUGGUCGGACUGCAAGCAUGCUGCUCAACCAGGGCUACAGGUUGCCUGCGCUGCCUGCCGCAAUUACACCUGUGCAGGGAUGGCUGGCAGUCGCAGAGGUCUUGCCCUCGUCGGGGUCUCUUAAGAAUGCUGCAUGUAGCCAGCAGGGAAGUUCUUAUGAUGGUUCGCAAAGGGCCACGGCUGUUGGACUUCACCAAAACCCCGUCUCAUCUGCAAUUCAACAAGUAUGUCCUGACGGGCUACCGCCCGGUGUCCACCGCUCAGGAGUGUCUGCGGAGCCUGUUCUACAUGCAUAAUGAGCUGGGCAACAUCUACACUCAUGGUAUUCCCUUCUUCCUCUUCCUGGUUCUCCUGCCCUUCAGCAUCCCUUGGAGAGAGGUGGACAGCGCCUGGAUCUGCGUGGUCCACUACUUGGCCUGCCUCAGCCCCACCGUGGGCUCGGUGGUCUACCACGUGUUCAUGAACCAUGUGGGAGGGGAGCUCGUGUACGACACCCUGCUCUCGCUCGACAUGUUUGGUGUGUGCUUGGUCAGCACUCUGGGGGCGCUCCCCAUCAUCCACAUCACGCUCCUGUGCUUCCCGACUGUGCAGCAGGCUGCCAUGCUGGUCUACAUCUUCCUGUCGGCCUACGGGAUCUACUGUGCCACCACGGCUCGCACCAACGUGCUGCGUUUGCAGGCUUUUGUGUGGCAGGCCUUGUUCCGCAUUAGCCUCUUCCUGUUUCGGGCGUACGGCGUUGGGGUGGGCAGCCCUAACUCUCUGCAUCUCUUUGCCAUCAUGGAAGCGCUGGCUGUCCUGGGUGGGCUGGUCAAUGUCAUCCAGGUACCGGAGCGUUUCAGCCCGGGGCUCUUUGACAACUGGGGGAAUAGCCACCAGAUCAUGCAUGUCAUGGUUGUUUGCGCCAUCAUUUACCUGCACUGGGGGACUCUAGAGGAUCUGACCUGGAUUAAAAACUACCAGUGUCCUACUCAGUAAAUCUCAUUUAUUUAGAAGUAAAUGGAUUAAUUGAGCUCAGUAUUAAAAGGCACUUUAGCACUGGUGAUUGAUACCAGACACCUAUUACUUGAAAUGUCAUCAAUGAAUAAUUGUAACAAAAAAAUGAAUGUUUAAAUAUGUAUAAAAAUAAAUUGUUAAAUCUUU